GAAUUAGCUACCGGUUCGUGUGUGUGUAUGUAUGCUGUACCUACCAGGAGCUCACGCGCGCACACACACUGGUAGCAACAAUAGUGUUGUUGACGAGAGCACCCUGAAGACGGAAUUCCUUGAUGAGCUUAUUUUUCACAACAACCCUGUUGUUUGGAAUUCUCACAAGCACUUGGACCGGAAUUCUUUUCUUUCUUUUUUCUAGGAACCUGUUGGAAGUAAAAUACAUGCUGGAGAGUAAUGUCCUACUGCUGACCUUGACAGUGUUCUGGCUAGGUCUUGUUGAACUCAAACAGGUCUUCCUUUCAUGUGAAACUACAUACUAACAUAUACUUCUGUUGAGGAUAAUUUUGUGGAGGUUUGAGAGCUCCUUACUCAUACAUGUCAUAAUCCAGUAGACAUGAUUAUAUAUCCUCCUGGUAUUUAUAGCCAGGUGCCCAUUUAAGAAAAUUGUGCAAAUUGUACCAAGACAGAGAAUUGUGGAUAUCUGCAUCUUGAGAACAGAUUGCAUGUUUCUGUGCAGUUUCAGGUUGCUGUGUGUACGCAUGAGAGUCUGUAACCAGCUCCAACGAUGAAGAAACCCAAAGUGGACAGCAGCACUGCCGACCGCUAGAGUUUGGCUGCUUUCCAGAAGCCUUCGUUCCUUGGUGGCAAGUGUGAAAGUGUGAAACAUUCCGUGGGGAUGCCCAACAAAACAGGCAGUGGGACGACUGUAUCGUCCAACCCUGGACGGAAAUACGUCAACAUUAUCCUUCUGAACAAAGAAGAGGUGCCUUUAGUUGUCGAGCCCAAAUCCAAAGUUCAGGAUAUCUUUGACCAGGUUUGCCUGCUAGUGGGUGUCAAGGAGACACAAUUCUUCUGGCUGUCCAUCCUCCGAGGUAAGGAGCAUGAAUUUCUGGACCCGAAGAGCAAAAUCUCCAAAUACGCCCCGAAAGGAUGGAAGGCUGAGUCGCCCAAGGUAACAGACAAAUCAGGCCGUCCAAUCUUCAAUGUCUACUUCAGAGUGCAAUUAUACGUGGAACAUGUAUCCCUCAUCAAGGAGGACAUCACAAGGCAAAACUACUACUUACAGUUGAAGCAAAACGUGUUAUCCGCACCAGUAUUAUGCCGUGAGGAGGCCUUCUUUGUGCUGGCCUCCUAUGCCUUGCAAGCUGACCUGGGCAAUUAUGCCGAGGACACCCACAGAGGCCAGUAUUUUGAUCCCUGCAAGUACUUUCCAGAAUGGGUUAUCAAGAGGAGAGGGGAGGCCUACAUUGUUAAGCACGUCCCGGCCAUGCACAGGGACCAGCGCGGGACCACAAGGGUAUAUGCACAAAGAGCGUACAUCCGUGAAGCAUCCAAUACUAUCGAACACGUCAUGCACUUUUACCGGCUGAAAAAGACAAAAACAGAACAGACGCCAUCAAUCUGGCUGGGAAUUUCCACCAGAGGAAUUCAGUUGUAUGAGGAUUCUGGUGAGGGGAAAUACCUGUUGUGUGAAUACCCUUGGGGAAUCAUCAAGAGACUAGUCUUACAGAAAAAGAAGUUUGAGCUGCAAGUGGAAGGUGCAGACGGUCGGAAGAUUACGUACUACACAAACAGUGAAUCCAAGUCAAAGCAUCUCCUCAGGCUGUGUAAACUCACACAUACUUUCCAGAUGCAGACCCAGCCGAUGGUGGACACGGCCAAGAAGCGAGAAAGUGCAACGGAGAAGAACAAAUACCGGGAGUCCUAUAUCAGUGGGGAUGCGUCGUGGUCGGACCUAGACAGCUCAAUGACGACCACUUCACUGGAAGUUCAGCGGCAGUCUGUGGUCAGCAAUGUCAGUUCUGUCACAACCUCGGGCAUUGUCUCUGAUGAGAGGUCACCACUGGAAAAAAGUCUCAGCGAAGUAGAGGAUGAGUACCUGUUCUGUUCUGGCCAUUCUCAUGACUCGGCGCUGGGACCGUCCGCUUCCCAACCAUUGGGCCGGGUGGAGUCCCACCACUCUAGCUUGUCCUCAGGGCUGGGAGAGAGAAGCCAGGCUAACAAACUACACGGGGGUCAGUUGAGCAACCGACAUUCAGCAGCAGCGUCUGAGACCUCCAGUCAUCGUAGUGGCCCUGAAACCAUCCCAGCAUUUGUAGGGGUCUGGAGUGACUCACUGCCAACUGACAUGCCGGGGAGCAGGUCCUCAACCAGCCACUCCAACCGUCAGAGCCGGAGUAGUGAGCCGGGCUGGUCGCUGGAUGAGGACGCCAAGCGGGAUGCCGGCAGCCAGUCCUCAGGCUCUCGGCCCACCUCGCGCCACCUGACACGGAUUGACACCCAGGCCAUCCAGGCUGAGAUAGCCGGCAAGGACGUGCCCACCCCACUGCUGAGCGCCCUUUGCAACGACCGCUCACUGCAGAUGAUGCAGCAGCAGCAGAUGAUGAUGGGAGGGGAUGAGGACGAAGAUGAUGAUGACGAUGAAACCACAACUCAGGACCACAGCCACUUUGCAGACCUCGAAUCCUGUCAGACACCCAGCAGUCAGAGCUCCAUGCAUGAAGUUCGAGCCAGUCAGGACCUGAAUAUGUCAGUCACUACCUUAGUCAGCCAUAGCUCUGUUGAUUCGGACAUGCAUGGCCCCGGGGCGGAGCGCUUCCACAUCAACUCUUCCAGUCUGGUUACGUCCCCUGUCCGGGAGGACUACCCUGCAGGCCUCCUGACAAAGCACCAGACUCUGAACAUGCUCAACGACCUCUCAGAUGCAAGGCACUACGACUCACGGUUGCCAUUUGGGGAGAGCGGCAGUGACGGGCGGAUCAAGUGUCAAACACUGCCCAUAAAGAUGAAUGCUAGCGAGCAGAUGCUGAGGAUGGGAAGGGAACCAGCGGCCAUCAAGGAGGAGUGCGUCUCUUUCUCGGCACCCAAUCUGUCGCCUGGGGCUGACCAAAAUGAAAUCCCCAUCGUGCUGUCCUGACAAUGAAAUGUUAGCAUCUUGUUGACCUUGAGAUUUGUGAUUUUUGUUCCAUAAUGCUAAUUGUACGUUUUGUUUUUACUAAUUGUAUCAGGUCUGCUCAUCUCACUAACGGAAAGGAGAAUCCUCCUAUUGAAAAUGUUUUUAGAUGUUGGGAUCUUUUAAAGACAUCAUGUUUCUGGCUGUAACACUCAUUCUUAAUCUCUCUCUUGGAGAUUCAGUCAUGAUCUUGUCCUACAUCUCUGUUGUACUUCUGAUCAUGUAAAAAUAUUCCAUCACACCACCAAGCAGCAAUGCUCUUCCUCAUCACUUUGGUCAGUUACCAGGGAACCUGCCACAAAAAUACACUGCUUGGUUGGUUGUCAGUGCCGUGAUGCCAAACAGAGAAAUAUUCGGCAGUCGGCUCUCUGUUCUUUCCUUCGCUUCCCCCGUCAUCUGCAGUAAACCUUUACAGUCAUUACUCAAACAACUCUUUGCCUGUGUUUGCAAUGAAAUUUCCGUUGUCAUCUUUUGUUCUGUUGGAAAAGUAUUGUAGCUGAUUCAAUUAACAAGGGUGUGAGAUUUUUCUUAUUGUAUUUGAAAGUUCUUGUAUUAUCCACACCAGAGCUUAGAAAAUUCCAGAAAUUAUUUAUUUCUCCUGCCUGAAACAGUAUGAUGUUUAUACCAUAUGUGUGAAUGCAUCAACAUUCCGUCCCAGUACACAUAGUUCUGUUGAAUCAUUUGUUCUGUUACAUGUCUUAAUCAGUUGUGUUGACAUUAGUUGAUGUCUUAACAGUUGUGUUGACAUUAGUUGAUGUCUUAAUCAGUUGGGGUGACAUUAGUUGAAGAAUUAUUCUCCUUACUGUGAAAACAUGCAGGUAAAUUAAGGAAGCUAUGUGUGGAAGCUUAUAUGGAUAUCAGUGUCUUCUCAACGAGUGAUGAGUGAACACACAAAAUAUUAUCUGUGCCAGAUGCUCCGAGGAUGUUAAACAGGCCACGGUAAUUUCUAUGUGCAGUAGCGGAACAUAUUUACAAUCAUCCCACACAUGAGCAAUUUCCCUUUUAGUUUAACUCACAUAGAGGGUCAAAUUACAUGCAGUCCGUGGAGGUUGAACUUGUAUGGAGCCCUCAAGUGUCCAUGUACCUCGACCGAGCAUGUUGGCAAAUAUUGCUCCCUAACAAUGUCUCAGAGCGCGUCAAAACAAUUCACGGUUUCAUUUGAAAUUUCACACAAAUCUUGAACAGAUGACCACCAGGGGGGAUCAACUAUAGUAAAGUAACCAGAGCCCAAAUUUGCAAUGGACCUGAACUUUGUAGCAUCUUGUUUAAACAAGGUAGUAUUUUUGGCCAAAAAUAAUAUCUCCCUUGGGACAUGUUCAUUGUCCACAAUUGAUAAACAUGCAGGGGUGUGCAAGAUUUUAAAUGACUGUUUUAUGUAAGUGUAGUCAUCUCGUAAAUGUAUCAGAAAUCAGUGUUGGUCAAGUUUUUUUUGAAGUCUGAUAAGUAUUCUUGACUGCUUGACACCAGCAUUAUUUUGUGAGAGGUGGCUAGAGUUGAAGGGUCAAAGUAAAGUUCAACUUCACAAAUACUGACUGUUGAGAGUCGUAUUUGUGUGAUACUUCCAUUACUUCAUCUUUGGCAAUGCUCUGAGACCCAACCAUGGAGCGAUUUUAGUUAUAACAGGCUGUGUACAGUGACCGUGCUCAGUUACAACACAGUCUACCUCCACGGACUUGUGGACUCCACAUGCUCAAUCUCAGUGCCAACCCCUGAGACAUGUAUGAUGUAUGCGCAUCCACUGCCAGAGAUUUGGGGGAAAGCUCAACUUUUCAGCAUGCCACCUGAGCGUACACAGUGCCAGAUAGCAUUUACACGUCUUCUGUGAAACUGCCGUUGAGGAACAAGAGAUGGAAGAUCAAAGCCAGUAUUCCACACCAGACUUGUGACUGUGAGGGGGACAGGAUUUGUGAUGCUACAGUAUUUAGGUGCUUCGAGUGUUGAAUAUUUGAAUGAUCAUUGAAAUCUUCCUUUUCCCAGUCAACGUUGCAUCUGUUUAAUGUGAUGGUUGCAUGUGUCAACAAACAGAAUAACUUUGUUUUUUUCUGAACUUUAAUGGAAAUGGUUGGAUUUGAAAUGUGCCGCUUUGAGCCCUAUUCUACUUGGUCCGCCGUUACAAAGGCAGUAAGUGCUAAUGGGCAUAUAUGAUGUACAAACGGAAGUUGUUUUUCAACUGUGUUGUCUUUGUUAUGAUCUUGAUACUUGGAUAGUUUGUUUUCCUCUGAUAAACAGCAUUUUACAGUUUAAUAAUUUGUGGUAAAACCUCCCAGUGCUAAGCUCUACGUUGGUACAUUGUUGAUGAAUAUGCAAACACCAGAUAUCCUACUGUUGUCAGAGUGGAAGGCUUGUCUGAAUGGGCAAUUUUGUGGCUACGGCUACAGCUUCGUCAUACACAAGCUGUAGCAAAUGUCCACAGCCAGUUGCAGAUAACCAGGAUCCCCAUUAGCCAUUUUUAAUUUGCUACAUUCUGAUAAUUCGACUGCUUGAAAGUGAAAUGGUUUUGGUCACACAUGCAUUAUUAUUUAGCUUCCCAUUCAUUCCAAUGUUACCUGUUCCAUCACUGCAGAGGCAAAAGUAAUGAUAAACACAACCAGACUCGUAAGCUCAAAAGAAGAGAGGAGCUGUUUCAACAGUCCCCCAAAGUCGUCUGUAUAGGUGUAUAUUUGUGACAUUCUAAAAUCUCAUAUUUCUGACAAUCUAAAUUACUCAAAGUUCUCAAGUGCCUUUGUUCAGCUUCCAGGUUGUACAUUCUUGUUGAGAAGGAGCAGGUAUAGCUAUGUUUUUCUUAGGUUUGUGAUCAACUUGGCUGCACGCAGCAACAUUCUCAUUAACCAUGCAAAAGGGUACAACAUAAAAAUAAGUUCUUUUACAUAAUAAAUACUCAACCCCUCAACAAGCUAAUCACGGGCCACAUAUUUUGCUACCAUAUCGCCCCCCUUUUGGCUCUGUUGUGCACUCAAUUUUUAGAGGCACUGACAUUAUUUUGCUCUUGCAUGUACUGCCAUAUUGCUGCCAAAGUGAGGCUGAACGGGCAAAACACACUCAGCAGGAGCCUAUUUCACGGAGCUUCCAAGUUCAGAUGUUUGCUUAGCACCGAAAAUAUGCACUUAGCAAAACUGAUCCCUAGGCCACAGUGCCUUGAGAUGUUGAUUACUCGUUGGUGGUUCGAGGCAGGGUUUUGCUACAUUUGUGCCGAUAUUUGCUAAGCAGUAUUUUUUCCAGCUGACUCCCUCUGUGAAAUUUGGCUCAGUUUACUCAACUGCUCAAUAAGGCCACUGGAAGGCUGUGUCCGACCUCAACUUUCCAGCAGCUGAGAGUAAUACUCCCACCUAUUGGAAGUGGUCAUGACUGCUAGCCUGUGGCCUCCGUAGGCUCAAGUAUUAUUUUUAGAAUGCAGGCCUAACUUUUGGACAUGGCGCAAGAAUCAAUCCAGCAGGAGAUGCUGGUCCAGCCUCUUUUUCAACCAAACUGGGCAGAUAGCCCACAAAAAGCAAGCUGAUGCCUGAUGGCAAUUUCCAUUGAAGUGUGCACCAUAUUGUCAAAACUUUGGGGGGGGAUUAUGAAUGAAUGUACCACCUACUUAUUACUUUGCAGUUGUUUGGCUGUCCACAAACAUACUUUGUAUUAAUUAAUUGCACCAGUUAAGUGGCCCUAAUAUUUAAAUUAUUGUGAAAAAUCUCUGUUUGCACUGCAGUACUCACAGUACGUAGCAGUUAAUUGUUUCUGCCAGAGACCUAGACCCCAUGGCAGCCCUUAACAAAGAUCUGUUAUACACCACUUUGUGCCGUGAAAUUGGUUGUUGCGUCCUCAGUGUUACUGUGUUAUCCCUGUCAGUAUUCAAUGGUAAAAUUUUAACUGACCAUUGUAAUGAUUGUGGUAUUUUGUUUUCAUUUCAAUUUCAACAUGCAGAUAAACAUCACACAGGGUUUGUACAGACUUUUGAGUUGUUUGUAUACGAUUUUUAACAAGAGUAACCAACAUUCUUCUUAAGUCAUUUAAAAACAAGGCAAGAAAUGUAUGCCUUUUUGAUGGAAUGGCAUAUUUUAUGAUAUUUUCCUGCAAUAUACCUAUAUUUUUAUCAUAAUAAUGUGUUGUUUUGCAGAACCGAGACGCUGCAGCUAUGAGCAUUAUAAACUCUCAUAUAUAAUCAGUGUACGGUCUAACAAGUUUGUAAUGCUUUGCUGUAUUGUUCGAGCAGAUGUGUUUUAUAUUAUCAUUUACAAAAAUUAUAAUAAACCAGAUAUCAUGGAGAACUAA